AUGAAGGAUAUUAUACGUAUUGUAGGGAUAUUCGGUAUCGGUGGAAUUGGUAAGACGACUAUUUCAAAAGAUAUUUAUAACCAGAUUUACUCUCAAUUUGAAGGAAGUUGUUUCUUAAAAAACAUUAGAGAAACUUCAAAACAAGUAGGAGGUCUGAUUAAGCUGCAAGAAAUACUUCAUUUCCAGAUCUUAGGGAAAAAACUGGAUAUUUAUGAUGUUGAUAGAGGAAUGAAUGUGAUUAAGCACAGACUAUACUCUAAAAGGGUUCUACUAAUUCUUGAUGAUGUGGAUGAGUUGGUCCAAAUUGAAAAAUUAGUUGGAGAUCGUGAUUGGUUUGGUUUGGGAAGUAGAAUUAUCGUGACAACAAGAGAUCAACAAUUACUAAAAAUCUUUGAAGUUGAUUUAGAAUAUGAGUUGAAGCUCUUGGAUGACAAUGAAGCUCUUCGGCUUUUUAGCUUGCAUGCUUUCAAGAAAGAAGUGUGA